AUGACGUCCACGAUAGUAGCUCAUAAUAAGCCUCAUGCUGUCUGUGUUCCAGUCCCAGUUCAGAGCCAUAUAAAAGCCAUGCUCAAGUUGGCAAAGCUCCUUCACAACAGAGGCUUCCACAUAACCUUUGUCAACACAGAGUUCAACCACAGACGCUUUCUUAAGUCUCAAGGCCCCAACUCUCUUGAUGGCUUGCCUGAUUUUCGGUUCGAAACCGUCCCCGAUGGCCUUCCGGACUCAGAUGAAGAUGCAACGCAAAAUGUCACUUUGCUUGCUGAGGUCGUUGUAAAAGAUGGUUUCUUGGCUCCGUUUCGUAACCUCCUCAUAAAACUCAAGGACUCAGCAACUUCCAAUAAUAAUCCCCCGCUGACUUGCAUUGUUUCCGAUGGUUUCAUGUCGCCGUUCGCCAUCAAAGCUGCCGAAGAAUUUGGACUCCCUAUUGCACUCUUCUUCACUAUUGCUGCAUGCAGCUUCAUGGGAUUUAAACAAUUUCGCGCUUUGGUCGAAAAAGGACUUGCACCACUCAAAGAUGAGAGCUAUUUCACAAAUGGCUUUUUGGACAAGGUGAUUGAUUGGAUUCCAGGAAUGAAAGGUAUCCAUUUACGGGAACUUCCGACAGUGUUUCACACUACAAAUCCGGACAACAUCUUCUUUAAGCUCACAGUGGAAACAAUGGAUAGAGUAGAUAAAGCUUCAGCUGUUGUUCUUCUUACAUUUGAUGCAUUGGAACAAGAGAUUCUGGAUGCUCUCUCAUCUAUGCUUAUCCCACCUAUUUAUACAAUUGGUCCUAUUGAAUUACUACUUGUCAAUCAGAUACCAGAAGACCCUUUGAAGUCUGUUGGCUAUAGUCUAUGGAAAGAAGAAACUGAGUGCCUCCAAUGGCUAAAUUCUAAAGAGCCAAACUCGGUUGUUUAUGUGAAUUUUGGCAGUUUAGCGGUCAUGACGCCUGAACUUGUUGUUGAGUUUGGCUGGGGACUUGCAAAUACAAAUUAUCCCUUCUUGUGGGUAAUUAGGCCUGAUUUCGUGUUGGCGAAUCGGCGAUUUUUGCACCAGAGUUUGUGGCCGAAACCAAGGGAAGAGGUCGGCUGGAAUUCAACCAUUGAGAGUUUGUCUGCCGGAGUACCUAUGAUCUGUUGGCCACUCUUCGCGGACCAGCCAACAAACAGCUGGUGUACUUGCAAUCAAUGGGGCAGUGGCGUGGAGAUGGAUAAGAAUGUCAAGAGAGAGGAAGUGGAGAAGAUUGUUAGAGAGUUAAUGGAGGGAGAGAAGGGUAAGACAAUGAAAAGUAAGGCCAUUGAGUGGAAGAAGCUAGCAGAAGAAGCAACCGGUCCACAAGGUUCUUCAUCCACAAACUUGAACAAUUUAGUGAAUCAAAUGCUAUUAAGAAAAAGCUAG